UUACAGAUGCAAGUCAUGAAGCAAACAGUUAUAGCAAAUAACUCUUCAGUGACUGAGUUCAUUCUCAUGGGGUUAACAGUUCAACGAGAGCUCCAGGUGCCUCUGUUUGUCCUCUUCUUGUUAAACUACAUGGCCACUGUGGUGGGAAACCUGAGCUUAAUGAAUCUCAUUUGCCUAAAUUCACACCUUCACACUCCCAUGUACUUUUUCAUCUUCAACCUGUCCUGCAUUGACUUUUGUUAUUCACUUGUUUGUAACCCCACAAUGCUGAUGAGUUUUAUUUCAGAACAGAGCAUCAUCUCCUAUGAUGGAUGCAUGAGUCAGCUCUUUUUAUUCUGCUUUUUUGCCAACUCUGAAUGUUAUUUGCUGACAGCCAUGGCCUAUGAUCGAUAUGUGGCCAUCUGUCAUCCCCUCCAGUAUACAACUGUCAUGUCACCUAUGAUCUGUGGACUGUUGGCUUUCGGUUCUUACUUCAUGGGCUUUGCUGGGGCCAUGACUCACACUGGGUUUAUGAUCAGGCUCAGUUUUUGUAAUUCUAACAUCAUCAACCAUUACAUGUGUGACAUCUUCCCUCUCCUUUGGAUUUCCUGCAGUAACACCUAUGUCAAUGAGCUUGUGAGUUCUGCUGUGGUUGGAACUAUUAUCAUUUUAUCUACCAUCAUUAUUUUUGUCUCAUAUGCUAUGAUUCUUUCCAAUAUCCUUCAUAUGUCAUCAGGUAAGGGUUGGUCUAAAGCCUUGGGCACUUGUGGGUCUCACAUCAUAACUGUCAGUCUUUUCUAUGGAUCCGGACUGCUUGCUUAUGUCAAGCCAUCCUCUGCUGAGACUGUGGGCCAGGGGAAAUUUUUCUCAGUAUUUUAUACUCUUGUGGUACCCACGCUGAAUCCUCUCAUUUACAGCCUCAGGAACAAGGAUGUCAAACUUGCUGUGAAGAGAACAAUGAAAAGAAUCACAAGCUAG